GCGGCGCGCGGAGCUGGAGGCGCGGGGGCCGCGUCCCUCUCCACCUGCCGGCGAGCGCACGGGCCAUGGGUGGCCGCGGGUCCGGGGGCCGCCCGGCCGAGCCCCGCUGAGCCCGCCCGCCCGCCGGGCCCGCCAUGGGCGACCGCGAGCGCAACAAGAAGCGGCUGCUGGAGCUGCUGCGGGCGGCGGGCACCGGCAACGCGCACUGCGCCGACUGCGGGGCCGCGGACCCCGACUGGGCCUCUUACAAGCUGGGCGUCUUCAUCUGCCUGAACUGCUCCGGCGUCCACCGGAACUUCCCAGACAUCAGCAAAGUGAAAUCCGUGAGGCUGGACUUCUGGGACGACAGUGUUGUGGAGUUUAUGACCCACAAUGGGAACCUCCGUGUGAAGGCCAAGUAUGAAGCCAGAGUCCCCGCUUUCUAUUACAUCCCUCAGGCCAGCGACUGCCUGGUCUUAAAGGAACAGUGGAUUCGAGCUAAGUAUGAGAGACAGGAGUUUAUGGCCGAUGGGAAAACCAUCUCACUCUCAGGUAACCGGGAAGGGUUCCUGUGGAAGCGGGGCAGGGACAACGCGCAGUUCCUAAGGAGGAGAUUUGUCCUGUUGGCAAGAGAAGGCCUUCUGAAGUACUACACUAAGGAAGAGGGUAAAAGCCCCAAAGCUGUCAUCCACAUCAAGGACCUGAAUGCCACCUUCCAGACGGAGAAGAUAGGCAACCCCCACGGGCUGCAGAUCACCUACCGGAGAGAGGGCCACAUCAGGAACCUGUUUGUGUAUCACGAAAGCGGCAAGGAGAUAGUGGACUGGUUCAAUGCCCUCCGCGCAGCCCGUCUGCAAUACCUAAAGGCGGCCUUUCCUGAGCUCCCAGAGUCUGAGCUCGUGCCCCUCAUCACCAGGAACUACCUCAAACAAGGCUUCAUGGAAAAGACGGGUCCAAAGCUGCAUCAACAGAGAGUGGCCACAGCAGCAGGUGACCCGCUGGCCAAGGAACUGGCUGGCCACGGGCCAUGGGAGCUCUUGGUGAGAAGGAGACGUUCUCAGCUUGGCCUUGGUUACCCAGCAGGAGUGCCCCGUAGUUGGCAGCCAUCACUGGCAGUGAACUCUGCCAAGACUAAAGCUUUGGCCUUUACCCACCGGCUCCCUGGGCCUCACCACGGCCCAGUCUUAAGGCCCAGGACAUCUCCAGUGAAGGCACUGCAAUGGGAAGGCGCCCACAGCAUCACUCAAGUGGCACGUUGGCCCCAAAACAGUUUAAUCCGACUCGACCAUGAGGAAAUAGUCUAUUCUGUAAAACAGCUGGCCUGGACUUCUCAGAGUCAACAUCGUGACAGAGGGAGUGGUGUGCGAACUGUUCCAGUUACAGGCGACUAGAGAGCAACGCCAGGCAAUGUGUGAUUCUUGAUUGGAUCCUGGAUUAAAAAAAAAAACAGCACAAGGGACAUAAAUUUGAAUAUGGAUGUGUAUUAGCCAACAGUAUUAUAAGACUGUGAUAAUUAUGUUGUAUUUGUGUAGGAGAAUGCUCUUGUUCUUAGGGGCUAUGCAUUGAAGUGGCCAGGAGUAAAAUAUAACAAUUUUCAGUCUA